AUGCCAUCGCCAAGCACCAGGGCAGGACCAACUCGAGGAGCCCUGAGGACUUCCUGGGGGACCGUGGGGGACCAGUGUGUGACCUUCUGCAGCGGCUGGAGCCUCAUGGGGGUACCCCUGGAGGUUCGAGGUGGGCGUUUGCCAGGUGCCUACUGGUGCUCCUCACAGGCCCAGAACAACGAGGAGCCAGAGGUCAAGGGACUCACUGCGGCCUGGCGCUGCAUGCGCACCUGGCCAGCGCCCGGCCGGCACGCGAGGCGGGACGCGCGGAGGGCGCACGCUUACCGCCAGCCGAGCCUGGGGCGCAGCGAGGAGCCCCCGCGGGACGAGGCGCUGCCCGGAGGGUGUGAGCACCGUGUGGACGUGAGCCCGUGCGCGUGCCUGGCUGCAGAUCAGAGUGUGCGCCUGCGCGGGGUCCUGCCUCCGGCCUCGCGGCGGGCGCGCAGUCCCCUCCCCGGGGCGCGGGCGCGGGCGAGCCGCGGGGGAGGCGCUGUCCGCGGUGCUGACGACCCCGGACGUGCCGAGGGGCUGGCGGCGCGACUGCAGAGGCCCCGCCUCACCUGGUCCCCGAGGGUGAGGGCGGGGAGGGGGGAGGUGGGCUCCGGACCGGUCAUCUUCAGCCCCUCCGGAGGCGGCCUGGCGUGGCUGCUGCACUGCGCGCCGUCGGCCCCGGCCUCCUCCCUUCCUCCCCUCCCCCUCGGCGCCUCGCGGCCGGUCCUUAACCCACGCACUCCGUUUGAGUACAUGAUCCUGGCCACCAUCAUCGCCAACUGUAUCGUGCUGGCGCUGGAGCAGCACCUCCCAGACGGGGACAAGACGCCCAUGUCCGAGCGGCUGGACGACACGGAGCCCUAUUUCAUCGGCAUCUUCUGCUUUGAGGCGGGCAUCAAAAUCAUCGCUCUGGGCUUUGUCCUGCACAAGGGCUCCUACCUGCGCAACGGCUGGAACGUCAUGGAUUUUGUGGUGGUUCUCACGGGGAUCCUUGCCACGGCUGGCACUGACUUUGACCUGCGAACGCUGCGGGCUGUGCGUGUGCUAAGACCCCUGAAGCUGGUGUCUGGGAUUCCGAGUCUGCAGGUGGUGCUCAAGUCCAUCAUGAAGGCCAUGGUUCCGCUCCUGCAGAUCGGGCUGCUUCUCUUCUUCGCCAUCCUCAUGUUCGCCAUCAUCGGCCUCGAGUUCUACAUGGGCAAAUUCCACAAGGCCUGUUUCCCCAACAGCACAGAUACAGAGCCAGUGGGCGACUUCCCCUGUGGCAAGGAGGCCCCAGCCCGGCUGUGUGAGGGUGACACUGAGUGCCGGGAGUACUGGCCAGGGCCCAACUUUGGCAUCACCAACUUUGACAACAUCCUCUUUGCCAUCCUGACGGUGUUCCAGUGCAUCACCAUGGAGGGCUGGACGGACAUCCUCUACAAUACAAACGAUGCAGCUGGCAACACCUGGAACUGGCUCUACUUCAUCCCUCUCAUCAUCAUCGGCUCCUUCUUCAUGCUCAACCUGGUGCUGGGCGUGCUCUCGGGAGAGUUUGCCAAGGAGCGCGAGAGGGUGGAGAACCGCCGGGCCUUCCUGAAGCUCCGCCGGCAGCAGCAGAUUGAACGGGAGCUCAAUGGGUACCUGGAGUGGAUCUUCAAGGCUGAGGAGGUCAUGCUGGCUGAGGAGGACAAGAACGCGGAGGAGAAGUCCCCUCUGGAUGUGUUGAAGAGAGCAGCCACCAAGAAGAGCCGAAACGACCUGAUCCACGCAGAGGAGGGGGAAGACCGGUUUGCAGACCUCUGUGCUGUUGGAUCCCCCUUCGCCCGUGCCAGCCUCAAGAGCGGGAAGACGGAGAGCUCGUCGUACUUCCGGAGGAAGGAGAAGAUGUUCCGCUUCUUCAUCCGGCGCGUGGUGAAGGCACAGAGCUUCUACUGGGUGGUGCUGUGUGUGGUGGCCCUGAACACGCUGUGCGUGGCCAUGGUGCACUACAACCAGCCGCAGCGGCUCACCACAGCGCUGUACUUUGCAGAGUUUGUUUUCCUGGGUCUCUUCCUCACAGAGAUGUCCCUGAAGAUGUAUGGCCUGGGGCCCAGAAGCUACUUUCGAUCCUCCUUCAACUGCUUCGACUUUGGGGUCAUUGUGGGGAGCAUCUUUGAAGUGGUCUGGGCUGCCAUAAAGCCGGGAACCUCCUUUGGGAUCAGCGUGCUGCGGGCACUCCGGUUGCUGAGGAUCUUCAAAGUCACAAAGUACUGGAACUCCCUGCGGAACCUGGUGGUGUCCCUGCUCAACUCCAUGAAGUCUAUCGUCAGCCUCCUCUUCCUGCUCUUCCUGUUCAUCGUGGUCUUCGCUCUGCUGGGCAUGCAGCUGUUUGGGGGGCAGUUCAACUUUCAAGAUGAGACUCCAACGACCAACUUUGACACCUUCCCCGCUGCCAUCCUCACUGUCUUCCAGAUCCUGACCGGAGAGGACUGGAACGCAGUGAUGUAUCACGGGAUCGAAUCGCAGGGCGGAGUCAGCAAAGGCAUGUUCUCGUCCUUUUACUUCAUCGUCCUGACGCUGUUUGGAAACUACACCCUGCUGAAUGUCUUUCUGGCCAUUGCCGUGGACAACCUUGCCAAUGCCCAGGAGCUGACCAAGGAUGAAGAGGAGAUGGAAGAAGCAGCCAAUCAGAAGCUUGCUCUGCAAAAGGCCAAAGAAGUGGCUGAAGUCAGCCCCAUGUCUGCCGCGAACAUCUCCAUUGCUGCCAGGCAGCAGAACUCGGCCAAGGCGCGCUCGGUGUGGGAGCAGCGGGCCAGCCAGCUGCGGCUGCAGAACCUGCGGGCCAGCCGCGAGGCGCUGUACAGCGAGAUGGACCCCGAGGAGCGGCUGCGCUACGCCACCACGCGCCACCUGCGGCCCGACAUGAAGACGCACCUAGACCGGCCGCUCGUGGUGGAGGAGGCCGAGAGCGGGGAGGAACCGGCGAGGCGGCACCGGGCCCGGCACAAGGCGCUCCCCACCCACGAGGACGCGGAGAAGGAGGCCGCGGAGAAGGAGGGCGGCGUCGAGGACCGCGACAAGGACAAGGAGCUCCGGAACCACCAGCCCAGGGAGCCGCACUGCGACCUUGAGGCCAGUGGGAUAAUGGGUGUGAGUCCUGUGCAUGCGCUGCCCAGUAUGUGUCUACAGAAAGUGGAGGAACAGCCAGAGGAUGCAGAUAAUCAGCGGAAUGUCAGUCGGAUGGGCAGCCAACCCUCAGACCCAAACGCCACUGUGCAUAUCCCAGUGACACUGACCGGACCUCCUGGGGAGACCACGGUUGUUCCCAGUGGUAACGUGGACCUGGAAAGCCAAGCAGAGGGGAAGAAGGAGGUGGAAGCUGAGGAUGUGAUGAGGAGUGGCCCCCGACCCAUCGUCCCAUACAGCUCCAUGUUCUGUUUAAGCCCCACCAACCUGCUCCGCCGCUUCUGCCAUUACAUUGUGACCAUGCGGUACUUCGAGAUGGUCAUUCUCGUGGUCAUUGCCCUGAGCAGCAUCGCCCUGGCUGCUGAGGACCCUGUGAGGACAGACUCGCCCAGGAACAACGCUCUGAAAUAUAUGGACUACAUUUUCACAGGCGUCUUCACCUUUGAGAUGGUGAUAAAGAUGAUUGAUUUGGGACUGCUGCUGCACCCUGGGGCCUACUUCCGAGACCUGUGGAAUAUUCUGGACUUCAUUGUGGUCAGUGGGGCCCUGGUGGCGUUUGCCUUCUCGAGCUUCAUGGGAGGAUCCAAAGGGAAAGACAUCAACACCAUCAAGUCCCUGCGAGUCCUCCGUGUCCUGCGACCCCUCAAGACCAUCAAACGGCUGCCCAAGCUCAAGGCCGUGUUUGACUGUGUGGUGAACUCCCUGAAGAAUGUGCUCAACAUCCUGAUUGUCUACAUGCUCUUCAUGUUCAUAUUUGCCGUCAUUGCUGUGCAGCUCUUCAAAGGAAAGUUUUUCUACUGUACUGACGAGUCCAAGGAGCUGGAGAGGGACUGCAGGGGUCAGUAUUUGGAUUAUGAGAAGGAGGAAGUGGAAGCUCAACCCCGGCAGUGGAAGAAAUAUGACUUUCACUAUGACAACGUGCUCUGGGCUCUGCUGACACUGUUCACAGUGUCCACAGGAGAAGGGUGGCCCAUGGUGCUGAAACACUCCGUGGAUGCCACCUAUGAGGAGCAGGGCCCGAGCCCCGGGUACCGCAUGGAGCUGUCCAUCUUCUACGUGGUCUACUUCGUGGUGUUCCCCUUCUUCUUUGUCAACAUCUUCGUGGCCUUGAUCAUCAUCACCUUCCAGGAACAGGGGGACAAGGUGAUGUCUGAAUGCAGCCUGGAGAAGAACGAGAGGGCUUGCAUUGACUUCGCCAUCAGCGCCAAGCCCCUGACUCGGUACAUGCCCCAAAACAAACAGUCAUUCCAGUACAAGACGUGGACGUUUGUGGUGUCGCCACCGUUCGAGUACUUCAUCAUGGCCAUGAUAGCCCUCAACACAGUGGUGCUGAUGAUGAAGUUCUACGACGCACCCUACGAGUACGAGCUGAUGUUGAAAUGCCUGAACAUUGUGUUCACAUCCAUGUUCUCCAUGGAAUGCGUGCUGAAGAUCAUCGCUUUUGGGGUGCUGAACUAUUUCAGAGAUGCCUGGAACGUCUUUGACUUUGUCACUGUGUUGGGAAGUAUUACUGAUAUUUUAGUAACUGAGAUUGCGAACAACUUCAUCAACCUCAGCUUCCUCCGCCUCUUCCGCGCCGCCCGGCUCAUCAAGUUGCUCCGCCAGGGCUAUACCAUCCGCAUCCUGCUGUGGACCUUCGUCCAGUCCUUCAAGGCCCUGCCCUACGUGUGCCUGCUCAUCGCCAUGCUCUUCUUCAUCUAUGCCAUCAUUGGCAUGCAGGUGUUUGGAAAUAUUGCCCUGGAUGAUGACACCAGCAUCAACCGACACAACAACUUUCGGACAUUUUUACAAGCCUUGAUGCUGCUGUUCAGGAGUGCCACCGGGGAGGCCUGGCAUGAGAUCAUGCUGUCUUGUCUCAGCAACCGGGCCUGCGACAAGCAUGCCAACGCCAGUGAGUGUGGGAGCGACUUUGCCUAUUUUUACUUCGUCUCCUUCAUCUUCCUUUGCUCCUUUCUGAUGUUGAACCUCUUUGUGGCUGUGAUCAUGGACAAUUUUGAGUACCUUACGCGGGACUCUUCCAUCCUAGGGCCUCACCACCUGGACGAGUUCAUCCGGGUCUGGGCUGAGUACGACCCGGCUGCAUGUGGGCGCAUCAGUUACAAUGACAUGUUUGAGAUGCUGAAACACAUGUCCCCCCCCCUGGGGCUGGGGAAGAAAUGCCCUGCUCGAGUUGCAUACAAGCGCCUGGUUCGCAUGAACAUGCCCAUCUCCAACGAGGACAUGACCGUCCACUUCACAUCCACACUGAUGGCCCUCAUCCGGACCGCGCUGGAGAUCAAGCUGGCUCCGGCUGGCACGAAGCAGCAUCAGUGUGACGCUGAGUUGAGGAAGGAGAUUUCCUCUGUGUGGGCCAAUCUGCCCCAGAAGACCCUGGAUUUGCUGGUGCCACCCCACAAACCUGACGAGAUGACAGUGGGGAAAGUCUACGCAGCUCUGAUGAUAUUCGACUUCUACAAACAGAACAAAACCACCAGAGACCAGAUUCACCAAGCUCCUGGAGGCCUGUCCCAGAUGGGCCCCGUGUCCCUGUUCCACCCUCUGAAGGCCACGCUGGAGCAGACACAGCCAGCUGUGCUCCGAGGAGCCCGAGGUUUCCUUCGGCAGAAGAGCUCGGCCUCCCUCAGCAACGGUGGGGCCGUACAAACCCAAGAGAGUGGCAUCAAGGAGUCCGUUUCCUGGGGCACUCAGAGGACCCAAGAGGGGCCCUACGAGGCGAGGACACCCCUGGAGCACGGCCACUCAACAGAGAUCCCAGUGGUGCAGCCAGGAAAACCAGCUGUGGAUGUCCAGAUGCAGAGCAUGGCCCUGAGAGGCCCUGAUGGAGAGCCUCAACCUGGGCUGGAGAGCCAGGGCCGAGCAGCCUCCAUGCCCCGCCUGGCGGCAGAGACUCAGCCAGCCGCGGAUGCCAGCCCCAUGAAGCGCUCCAUCUCCACGCUGGCGCCACAGCGCCCCCACGUGGCCCAUCUCUGCACCGCCGCGCUGGACCGUGCACCGGCCAGCCAGGCCCCUCAUCACCACCACCGCUGCCACCGCCGCAGGGACCGGAAGCAGAAGUCCCUGGAAAAGGGACCCAGCCUGUCCGCAGACACGGAUGGCGCUCCCAGCAGCACCGCGGGUCCUGGGCCGCCCUCGGGAGAGGGGCCCGCAGGCUGCCGGAGAGAGCGCAGACAGGAGCGUGGCCGGUCCCAGGAGCGGAGGCAGCCCUCCUCCUCCUCCUCUGAGAAGCAGCGUUUCUACUCCUGCGACCGCUUUGGGGGCCGUGAGCCCCCCCAGCCCAAGCCCGCCCUGGGCAGCCACCCCACAUCGCCAACGGCUGGGCAGGAGCCAGGACCCCCAAGACAGGGUAGUGGCUCGGUUAAUGGGAGCCCCUUGCUGUCAACAUCUGGUGCUAGCACCCCUGGCCGCGGGGGCCGGAGGCAGCUCCCCCAGACCCCCCUGACCCCCCGUCCCAGCAUCACCUACAAGACCGCCAACUCCUCGCCCGUCCACUUUGCUGGGGCUCAAACUAGCCUCCCUGCCUUCUCUCCCGGCCGACUCAGCCGUGGCCUUUCCGAACACAAUACCCUGCUCCAGAGAGACCCGCUCAGCCAGCCCCUGGCCCCCGGUUCUCGGAUCGGCUCUGACCCUUACCUGGGGCAGCGUCUGGACAGUGAGGCCACUGCCCGCACCCAGCCUGAGGACACGCUCACCUUUGAGGAAGCUGUGGCAACCAACUCGGGCCGUUCCUCCCGGACUUCCUACGUGUCCUCCCUGACCUCCCAGUCCCACCCCCUCCGCCGCGUGCCCAACGGCUACCACUGCACUCUGGGACUCAGCUCGGGCGGCCGGGCGCGGCACAGCUACCACCACCCUGACCAAGACCACUGGUGCUAGCUGUACGCCACUGCCGCCACGCACCGCUCAGCGGGUGCGUUCCAGUCGAUGAGUUUUAUCAUCCACGCUGGGCUCCCGGGGACACU